GUCUUGAUUUUCCAGAUCUAUUGUAAGAUAACAAAUCAAAGUUCAACAUGUGCAAGGGCACACAAGAAACAGUGCAUAGAGUGAGAAGUCUGAGAAGCUUUAGGUGGUAGAUAAACACGAUCAAGAUGGUCAGCAACCUUCGGCAUUUCUUCGUGUACAUGUUUGGCUUGAUAGAAAUUGGGCACAGAACCCAAUCAGUUGCAAUGAGCACGAAACAUCAAAGCAGCUCUGCAGCCCCUUGUGGCUAUCAGCUGAUUUCAGGAAAGGACUGGUCGCAUCUCCUAUCAGUAUUGCAGGGAAAUUUGAGUGCAUGGCAUGCUGUGUCAAAAUUCAGGGCCAUGCGAAGAGAGAGGAUAUUCAGGAAGUGGAAUCAGGAAUUUGGAAAAAAACACCAUGAAACAUUCAAACCACAGCAACGAAAUGAUGAAGACAUUGAGACACGGCUCGCACAACCUUGUUGUCUGCCGGGAAGAUUCUGUUUUUCCAGAGAGAGUUGCAAAAGUCAACCAAACAGGCAUUGAAGGCGCUAACUGUGCUAGUAAAUUGCAAGCUGUCGUUUCCUCUCCCUUUCAGUUCUUCAAGAAGCUGUAUUGAAUUCAGCGAUGCCAGAGUAGAACUCACGCAAAAAAAACUCAGACAUCUGGGCAAGCGUAGAAACCUGUUUAGUACAGAGGCAAAGCUAAGGCAAUACAAGUCGCAAGAAACAAUAUCAAGAAGAGCAUUUCCA